UCUGUGAGAUGAUAUUUUGACGAAUUUAACACACCUUGGACAUUUAAUUGUUAAAGAUCUUUUAACUGUUCCGAACGGGAUUAUUUGAACUUGUUAAUAACGGGCUCAAAAGGGGACUGGGCCCAGCUUUCACAGUUUUCCAGUGGCACACGUACCGUGUUAAUAUAGUGGCCCAUUGACAGAGAAAUUAAAUACCCCUGCCUUGGUCUGCGGAGCUAGUUGGAUAGGUGCAGCUUACUGUCAUAAUGGCAAGUGAAAAAGAAUAUUAUGCAGUCGGAGACCAUGAAGAUCAGGAUUGGGAAGAAGGCCUUGGUGAUGAUGAUGCUUGGGAGGAAUGCGAUGAUGAGUCACCUGUACCAGUUUUAUGCCUAUUUUGCCAGCAGACAUUUCCAGCAGCAGAAAGUGUCUUUGAACACUGCAAAACAUGUCAUAUGUUUGAUAUAUUUCAACUUAGAAAUACCCUGAAUCUUGACUGCUUCAGUUACAUAAAAUUGGUCAACUUUAUAAGAUCACAUAAACCACUUCCUGGUGAUAUAACCACAAUGUAUAUUUCUGGUCAGGCCUCCUGGAAUGAUGAUGCCUAUAUGAAGCCAGUGCUGGAUGAAGACCAGUUACUUCAGUAUGAUAUAGAAGACAGUGAGUGUCCUUGGGAAGAGCCUUCACUCCCAGAGAUCUCAGGGGAGAAGGACAGCAAUUCAGCAAAGCUUUUAAUGGAGAAAUUAAGGUGGAGAGAAGCCCAGGUAGAACAACUGGAGAUAGAUCUGCAACAGGCUGCAAAGACAGUAGAGAAAAUGAGAAACUCUGCAAAAGAAUUUCUUAUAUCAGCACCAGAAGUCCCAGUAUCUCAGAAUGCUAUAGAAAGCUUACAGGAAGAUGAAGAUGAGGCUUAUUUUUCUUCAUAUGGACACUUUAGUAUUCACGAGGAAAUGCUUAAGGAUAAAGUAAGAACAGAGAGUUAUAGAGACUGUAUGUACAAGAAUACAGACCUCUUCAAAGGCAAAGUGGUACUUGAUAUAGGAUGUGGCACAGGGAUUCUCAGUAUGUUUGCAGCCAAGGCUGGGGCAAGGCGUGUAAUAGGAAUCGACCAGUCAGAUAUCAUUUGUCAAGCCAUUGAUAUAGUCAGAGAAAAUGGUAUGGAAGAUGUAAUAACAUUGAUAAAGGGAAAAGUGGAAGAUGUCGACAUUCCUGAGAAAGAGGUUGACAUUAUAAUCUCAGAAUGGAUGGGGUAUUUUUUAUUAUUUGAGUCUAUGCUAGAUACAGUGUUGUAUGCCAGGGACAAGUGGCUAUCUCCUGGUGGUUCAGUUCUGCCAAGUCAUUGUAAUAUCUCCCUAGCUGGUCUUAGAGAUGAGAGUCUAUACAGGAAGCAUGUGGCUUACUGGGAUGAUGUCUAUGGUUUCAAAAUGAGCUGCAUGAAAGUCGCUGUGAUGAGAGAAGCAAGUGUAGAGGUUGUCAACAAAGAUAGUGUUCUGACUACUGCAUGUGUUGUUAAGGACAUCGAUAUAGAAAAGUGUACUGUCAAGGAAUUGGACUUUUCUUCACCUUUCUCUUUGGAAGCAACUUCAGACGGAGAAUUGACUGCUAUAGUGGGAUAUUUUGAUAUUUUUUUCAACUCUGGUUGUCAAAAUAAGGUCAUGUUUUCCACAAGUCCCAGUGACACUGCCACACACUGGAAGCAAACUGUUUUUCUCCUACAGACACCUGUAAAUGUUGAAAAGAAUCAGAGAUUAGAAGGCAGUGUAUCCUGCAAGAAAAACAGACGGGACCCUCGAUCUCUUAUUGUGACUAUUAACUUGGAAGGGAAAACGACAACAUAUCUGAUGCAGUGACAUAUAUGGGAUAUGGGGUUAAUAUGGUGCUUAUCCUGAGGCGUUUGUCCAACAGUGGAACACUAUAGGCUCUAAAUGAUGAUGAUGAUGAUGAUCCCUAUUCCCCUUUACUUUAAGACUAGUUGUACUAAAGUCAUAAUGCAUUUUCAAAAAAUGACUACCUUUUCUAAAAAAGCUGCAUUUUUAUCAAAGUUAAAAUGCAAGGAAGACUUUAUUGCUCACUCUGCUUACUUAAUUAACAAAACCAACCAGUAGUCAAGAAGAUUGUGACCUUGAAAAUACGCUUAUUGGCUAUUUUUGAGUUCGUUACUUCAUUGCAGUUGAUUUGUUAAAGACCUUGAUUAAAAUUUAUAAAUUCUAUUCAUUUCAUGCCAAAGUACCCUACUCUGCCUCUUAAAUGUAAAAUAUGUGAAACUAUUUAUAUACGUGUUAGAAAUGUAUGUUGCAGUAAACUAAAAAUGCAGGAUACUUAAUUUUCCAA